GCGCGCCCUUCCGGCUCCUCCUGUCGUGCGCAGGCGCGUGGGCCGAGGCGCCGGGAGUCGUCUCGCGGGGACUAUGUUGCUUCCCAACAUCCUGCUCACGGGUACUCCAGGGGUUGGAAAAACCACGCUAGGCAAAGAACUUGCAUCAAGAUCGGGACUGAAAUACAUUAAUGUGGGUGAUUUAGCUCGAGAAGUCUGAUCACCGGAUAGCAUGGAGUCUGGCAAGAUGGCUUCUCCCAAGAGCAUGCCGAAAGAUGCACAGAUGAUGGCACAAAUCCUGAAGGAUAUGGGCAUUACAGAGUAUGAGCCAAGAGUUAUAAAUCAGAUGUUGGAGUUUGCCUUCCGCUAUGUGACCACAAUUCUAGAUGAUGCGAAAAUUUAUUCAAGCCACGCUAAGAAAGCUACUGUUGAUGCUGAUGAUGUGCGAUUGGCAAUCCAGUGUCGUGCUGACCAGUCUUUUACCUCUCCUCCUCCACGAGAUUUUUUAUUAGAUAUUGCAAGGCAAAGAAAUCAAACCCCUUUGCCAUUGAUCAAGCCAUAUUCAGGGCCUAGGUUGCCACCUGAUAGAUAUUGCUUGACUGCUCCAAACUAUAGACUUAAGUCUUUACAAAAAAAGGCAUCUACUUCUGCGGGGAGAAUAACAGUUCCGAGGUUAAGUGUUGGUUCAGUUACUAGCAGACCAAGUACUCCCACACUUGGCACACCAACCCCGCAAACCAUGUCUGUUUCAACCAAGGUAGGGACUCCAGUGUCCCUCACAGGGCAGAGGUUUACAGUGCAGAUGCCCACUUCACAGUCCCCAGCUGUAAAAGCAUCCAUUCCUGCAACAUCAGCAGUUCAGAAUGUUCUGAUUAAUCCAUCAUUAAUUGGGUCCAAAAACAUUCUUAUUACUACUAAUAUGGUGUCAUCACAAAAUACUGCCAAUGAAGCAUCAAAUGCAUCGAAAAGAAAGCGUGAAGAUGAUGAUGAUGACGAUGACGAUGAUGAUGACUAUGAUAAUUUGUAAUGUAGCCUUGACGCUUGUAAUGUGUAUACUUGCUCUUGAAUCCAUUGUACUGAGAUUAAGCAUGCAUGCUGAUGUGUUAGAAAACUUCAGUACUAUUUAAUGAGUAAAUAUAGUUACCAUACUUUUCAAUUGAGAUGUUGGAUUCUUUUUAAUAGGAUUAGUAAUGGUUUUUCAUCAGCCGUUAAGUGUAAAAAAUAAAGUUGUCAUUCAUCAGUUUGAUUGUUGGUA